AACACUUACGGAAACACCUCCGUACAAAAAUAUACAAGCAAUAACUUGCAAGCAGUUUCUUUAAAGAUGACACAUCUCUACCUUCAUAUAAUUGUAUAAAAGUGAGCCCUUUCCAUGUUUUAGAAUGAUGUCAAACCUGAGGAAACUGAAUUAAACAAGGAAAUCCAGGAAAUGAAAGUCCAAUUUUAAUGUGGCUCAACUAAAGCACCUUGAACUAAAGUCAGUUAAAGCCAGCGUGGAUUUCCUAUGGAGAUUGCUAUCAAGUGAGAAUAUUACAUUGUCUGACAUACAAAGGAAGAGCUAAACAAUGUGAAACAAACCAAAACUCGCUGGGCCAGUUGCCGGGACCAAUUUCGGCGCGAGGUCUCCAGCAAGGGCCGUAGUGGAGAGGGUACCUCCCGGAAAAGACCAUAUAUCUACACUGCCCAGUUGCAGUUUCUCAAACCCGUUAUGGACUUGAGGCCUACUGUGGACAGUCUGGAACCCUCUGAGGAGUCUGCUUCGGAUGGGAGUGAAACUCCCGCUGUUUUUUCACCUGAAAGAAGUCCCGAACCAACGCUGGCAGAGGACCCGGAGGAUUCUUCACAGGGCCAGCAACAACAACCACUCUCCAGUCCACCCCGUGUCAGGCAGCCGCAGCCAAGAUGCCGCCGCCAAGUCCCUCCCUCCACCUCUGUGCCAGAGAGUCGGGAGGUUAUUGACGCACGCGUCAUUGAUUUUCUGGCACAGAGGCGGAGUGACGGAGUGGAGGAGAAAAUGCUCCGGGGAUUAGGGCCCCUGAUGAAGAAAGUGCCGGAAACAGAGUACAAUGAGUGCGUGGCUUCAAUUGCAGUAGUCUUGAAGCUGUUUGCAAUCCCAAAUCAUGGGGACAUUCUGAGUAGAUUAAAUACCUGGAAGAAGGAUCUGGAAAGUGAGGGGCAACCCCAAAUGCCCGGACAAUUUGCAGUUGAAAGGCAACCGACGCAGGCGCCUUCUUUUGCACCACACCCCCAGUACGGGCCACCCCAUGGCCAUAUGCAAGGGGCAGCACAGGGCAUUUACCAGGGCAGUUUGCCCACUGUCCCACCACAGCAGGCUCAGGGAAGGCCACGGUCCUCCUUUCCUGCAGGGUCUUUUACUCAGGACCUGUUUGAGUUGUAAUUUUUUUAUUUGGUGUUGGUUUUUUAGUGUAAAAUUUGAUUGUUGUGUUUUUUUGAAAACAAUGUCGUA